GCACGAACCUCCCCUAUCUCGCUAACUGCAAAAUUAAAUCUUGAGCAACCAGACUUGGUCAUCUUUUUAUUCUGUUUAGAGCUCUCAACCCCUCAGAAGUGCAAUAAACACGGCCCUUCAUCAUGGAGCCUAGCUUUCCGCUCAAUCAGCCACCCACAUGCAACUGCGGCCACACCGCGAACCCGCAAACCGUCAACUCGCAAAAUCCCCACGGUCACGUUGGCCGGCCCUACUUCCAUUGUGACGACGUUUGCCAUGGUGGGAAAAGCAAAUUCGUUUCUUGGAACGACUACCAGGGAAUCGUGGAAGGAAACCCACGUUGUGUAUGCAAAUUCACGAGUCGCAUGGGGAUUAAUAAUCAAACACAACAGCAAUGGUUUCAUUGUCCCGUAGGCAGAUGUCGCUUCAAUGAGGAUGUGCCAGAUGGAUAUGCGGCUACCUGGAGAGAUGGCGUAGUUGGGCCUCCUGGGUAUGGGAGCUAUGCUGCUCAAACUGGGCCAAGAACUGAGAUGGGUAUGAACAAUUAUGGGGCACAACUUGUCCAUGACAGGGAAGAGAGGCGAGGAGGCUGUUGUGGUUGCUUGGUUAUGUGAUUUAGUUACAUGGAUGGCAUUUGAUUCUCUAGUUAGUCAGGAUAUUGUUGUUUUCCUACAGUGUUUUACCCAG